GAAUAUCAUUAAAAUUAUAGAAACUAAUACAAUGUGGGAAAAUGAAAAUUAUGACAACUUAGCACAACAAAUAAGUUUUCGAAAUCUUACCGGAUAUAUACUUUAUUUCUUUGAUUGAUUAUCAGAGCAUGAUUUAUAGAUAACACUGAAAUAUUUUUCAUUGAAUUAUAAAUGAGUAAUUGAAAUUUCAAUGGCCAUAUUGCCAAACAUAAAUAUUACUCAUCUACCAACAUAAUGAAUAAAUCUAAACUGAAACUAAAAAAAGGAAAGAAAAAUAAUAAAAACAAAAUAUUUCUUGAUUAACAGUACCACUGGCGCCAUCUGUUAUUGAAAUUAUAAAAAGAGUCAAAACAUAAAUAGUAACCUUUAUUCACUGUAUUAAAGGAUUAGUCACUUAUCUCCCUUUUUUAAAAUUUUAAAUUUUAAUUUCCCAAUUCCCCCCCCCCCACCCCAUUUCAAUCAAACGAAAGAUUUCACAUUUCCCUAAACCCGUAAUAUUACGAUACUCUUGCUCUAGUAAAGAAGGACUAUGGGUGGACCAUAGAAGAGCAGAGAUGCCGAGUCUCCCGAUUUUUGAUCGAACUCCUGCCACUACGAUUUUAAACGUUUUUCUCCCGAUUUUCUGUCUUUCUUACGGUAUUUCGUUAUUUUUGCCCACACAUGACAGUAUCUUUUCAUCACAAGAUGUUGCCGCGCAGUGUCUAAAUCAUGUAUUAUCUAGUAGGCGUGGCUAAAUACGUCAUCUGCUAGUAGUCCAAUGAGAUUUCAGCGUCUUUAAGACGUAUUGACUAAAGAGCUCUGAAUGGCCGAGGAUGGCUGGGAGAUUUCCUCCUCCAAGGCACGUACUUCGGAAGUAUGUUAUCACUAUGUUAGAUUGUUUGUAAAGAAAGUUUUAAAAUUGUGGUUGGCAAGUCUGCGCUCGCUGCUUAAAUCUUAUUUGUGAGCUAUAAGCGAAAGCAAAGAGGUAGCAUGUUACAAUACUCAAUCUUAUUUGUUGUUUAUCAUGUGCAUGCGGUGUUCAUAGUGUCAUGUCUAUUUUAUGAUCGGCUAAUUUUCGUUGAUUUGCAGAGAUAUGUCUUCUAAAAAAAUCAAGUACUCAUCGAGUUUUCAGAAGGCAUACACGGAUGAGUUUCCGUGUAUUAUUUCGUCAAGGAAAGGCAACACAUUUGCCAUGUGCGUCGUGUGUCAAACUGAUUUUAACGUGGCUCAUGGUGGAAGAUCGGAUGUUGUGAAACACGUCUCAACACUAAAACAUAAAGAUAAAGUGAAGAUUGUUGAUCAGAAUAAAAAACUGAAUGUCUUUUCGCAAUCUAAGGACCAAAGGGUGAUAAAUGCGGAAUGCCUCUUUACCGCAUUUUUAACUGAACACAUUCUUCCUUUGAGCGCUUCGGACCACGCAGGUUCUUUUUUGUGGAAAAUGUUUCCGGACAGCGAAAUUGCCAAAAAGUACUCCAGCGGAAGAACCAAAACAACUGCAAUUGUUAAGGAAAUGGGCAUGAAGUAUAAAUCAGCAUUGUUGGAUCUCAUUAGAACUCCUCCAUUCUGUAUGUUUACAGAUGGCAGCAACAAUACAGAUUCAAAACUGUAUCCAGUUGUUGUUACCUGCUUUAACCCAGUUAAAUCGGAAAUCGAAUCCAAUUUGUUAACUGUUCCUGCUCUUAAAGGGUAUUCAACUGGGUGUAAUAUUGCCAAACUAAUUAUUAAGGUCUUAAAAGAAAAUGAAGUUCCCUUUAAUAAUUGUCUAGCUUUUGGUGCAGACAAUGCAGCUGUAAUGAUAGGAGCAAAGGCUGGUGUUGCAGGCAUAUUAAAAGAUGAAAAUUCAAGUCUACACGUAGUAGGCUGUGUCUGCCACCUAAUUAAUUUAGCAGCAGAGAAAAGUGCUGCUUGUUUGCCAGUUUAAAUUGAUGAGAGUAUU